CGGCGAAGGUGAUGGACAAGAAGGAGCUGGUGAGCAGGAGCAAGGAAGGGAGGGCGAGGACGGAGAAGGAGAUCCUGGAGAUGCUCGACCACCCGUUCCUCCCGGCGCUCCACGCCGGCAUCGAGUCGCCGCGGUGGAUGUGCCUGUUGACCGAGUUCUGCCCCGGCGGCGACCUCCACGUGCUCCGCCAGCGCCAGCCGCUCAAACGGUUCGACGAAGCUGCCGUCAGGUUCUACGUAUCAGAAGUUGUGGUGGCGUUGGAGUACCUCCACAUGUUGGGAAUCGUCUACCGCGACCUGAAGCCGGAGAACGUCCUGGUCCGUGCCGACGGCCACAUAAUGCUCACCGACUUCGACCUCUCCUUAAAAUGCGACGACACGGCUUCC